UUCCUGGGUAAUGAAAUACAUGUAUGUUUGGCGUUCGGACGCGAUGUCCAUGUGAGCGGUGUUUAUGAUUAGAGACUGGAACGAGGAUCACGCAGCCUGGACAUUACGUUCCGCGGUGCCUGGCGGCGACUAAACGACAAAGGCCCCAUUGACGGAGCCGACGUCCUCGUGAGAAAAGGGCACCGCCCAUGCUAAGGUGGAUAUAAAAAUCCACUCAGCUGCGCGUAGCUACCCACCCACACCGUUAUCAUUCUCACCCUAGGCUGCAGCUGCAGAGAGCGUGUCUCGCGGAGUGGCAGGGGAAAGGCUAAAAUCAAAUUACACAAGCAAAUAGAACCGUGGUUGUGUGCUUUUUUUUUGAAGUAUUCUGUUGGUGGGGAAACCUAUUACUUCUGUUUGGCUGAGGCCACUGGCGUCCUCCCACAACACCGCUGCUGGGCUUUUUGCGAUCAAUUUCAGAUCUCGCACUAUUGCUUGCGGGCGUUUCUUUCUCGCUGUAUACGUACUAUUGUUAUUAUUAGUUUUAUAGAGCAUCAUGGGUUUUUAAUGCAAUUCAAUAUUGCACAGAUCAGUCGGGAGCAGUACAAACACCCGAGGUUGUAUUUUAGACGGUGACCAAAAAUCAUCAGAAGUGUGCGAGCCUGAGCGACGAAGAUAAAGCGUGAGAGAAUACAACCACGAGCCUUGCAGGCCAGCGUAGAGGGCAUUUCCCAGCUUGUGUGCGCGCAGUGUCUUAAUCACAAGUCCAUUCGUUAUUCCUGGGUAACUCGUAGCGUUUGAAAGUGCAUCGCACGCAAGAGUAAGUAGUGACUGGGUGAGCGAGUAGAACUAGUUAGUGAAUUAAUGAGUCAGUGAGUUGGGUUGUGAGAUUGCGAGUGAGCGAGUUAGUGAGCCAGUCAGUUACUUUGUGAGCUGCACGUAUUUUGAACUUCUUUAGCACCGUACGUGGCCAGCCGUGCUAAUUGGAGGCGAGUCAGUGAGUGAGCGAGUCCGUGAGGACAGCUGCUUUUUGUGCCCGCAAGCCUCUCAUAAAUUAAUAUCCCACCCAUGGGGACGUUCUCGCUUCUGUGCUGCUUCAACUGCGAGGACAGGAAUGACCUACGCAAGAAAGAGCCGCUCAUCAGGGAGGUGCUGCCACUCUACUAUGGCAUGGAGUCGCAGCGACAGCGCGAGGACCUGGCAAACCUCUGGCACGAGCCCCACGACCGGUCCCACACGGCCACUGACGAGGACCGGGAGCUCUUCAACAAACUCCAGCGCCUGGAGCACACCCGUCGUGGCUCCGAGGGCUGGCGGAAGCUGAGUGUGGACAUCGGCAUGCUGCGUCAGGUGCGGCGUGACGCCAAAGAUCGUUGGAGGAUGAUACUCUCCUAUCUUGGAUUCGAGAAGGAGGCAGACACCCUCCUGUCCGUCACAGGCUCCAGCUCACUCAACAACAUGAAGAAUGUCACCAGAGCCAAGGAGAUUCUGCAGCUUCUGGCUGAUGACACCAGCAUCUUCAAGGAUAUCUCGGGCCCUCCUGAGAGAUAUAUAUUCGUUCUGGACCGCCUGAUUACUCUCGACAUUGGAGAAGCAUUUCUGGCGAGGGCAAAGCACCUGUACCCGAAAGACGACGACGAUGAGGACGAGGAUGAUGACGACCGAGAUGAUAACGAAGAGAAGGAGCGAGAGGAGAUUGGGAAAAAGGAGCAGGAAUCUGGAGGCAUGAACCCCCCAUUCGCCAGGUCUCGCCGACCCAGCCUCAUCUUCAUCAGCCGCACUGCCCCGGACAUGGCCAUCGACGAGCUGGGCACUCAGAGCAGCAGCGAGGAGCCUCCCGCAGGAACCAACAGCGGUGCCGAGUGAUCACAGAUACACAUAGAGAGAGAGAGAGAAUAACGCGUGUGCAGGUGCGCAGAGUGAGCUACGGAGAGUCAACCUGAACACUGAGUUAUGUGUACACCACCUGCAUGAAAGUGUCGAGUGCACCGUGUGGAAGCCACACAGGUGUAUAAAUAAAAAUAUUAAAUUCACCUCCAUGCAGGUGCCCCGAUUGAACAAUGAUACAAUCUGCCUGCGUGCAGGUGUCGAGUGCACCGUGUGGAAGCCACCUGCACACAGGUGUAUAAAUAAAAAGAUUAAAUUCACCUCCAUGCAGGUGACCCGAUUGAACAAUGAUACAAUCUGCCUGCGUGCAGGUGUCAAGUGAAGAAUAUGGAAUAAUCUGCUUGUCAAUGUUCCCAGUAAACGAUUUGAAAUCCACCUGGAGGCAGAUAUCAAGUGAUGGAUAUGCGGCCAUGCACUUCACCUGCAUGCAUGUGUUCUGAGUGAAUGUGUGUAAGUUCACCAGUCUACAGGUGUGCGGAAUGAAUGCAGAUUCUGGGGAACGCGUAGAGCACAAAAAAAUCAAUGUCAAUCUUCGCAACUGUAUUAAAUGCAGCAUUUAUCAAAUGGCGAGGGGUCCGUUUAAAAUUAGCUUUCUAGCUGCCAUGCAGGGGUCACACGUGCGCAACAUUAAAUGCCUGUCAACAUUUUACUGCAUGCGUGCAACCCGAGCAAUUACGUCUGGCAAAUUUUGAUACGUUCCCGCUUUAGCCACUAAUUCAUAAUUUUGUUAUUGCUGUUAACAGAGAUUUUUUUUAUUCCCAGUCUCCAUAUUAAAUGAGUUUUUUUUGUAAUUACCUAAACCCCCGUUGUUGACACGCGAUUUUUUUUUUGGCGUGUCACACAAUUCCACGUUUUUUAAAAUUAUCUUUGCAGAAAUGUAAUUGCGCGAAGCGAGCUGCGUGUGGCUGUGUACUCGGCUCGCAGUGGGUUCGCGAUGACUAAUUAUCACUCGGCUUUUGCGUCGGGUCUUGGAGCGCAAGCUUCUGCUUAAUUGCCUCAAUAGAGACGAUACAAGCUGGAAAUGCGCUGCCGGUCAUUCCCAAUCGCACGGCAUCCGGCACGGAUGCUACUCCUCGCAUCUCGAGCUGUCACACAUGCUUUACUGCGACAGAGCGACAUGCAUACCACAGACUCAAACCAAUGAUAACGUCAUCAAUGAUUGCUUUUGUUUUACUCUUAGUAUUACAAAGAGGGAUAUAACUUGGAUUAACGUGGCAUCUAAAUGCAACCGCAUCUCUAGCCGCUGUACAGAUAAUUUGCUUUAUUCUGCAACCUAGAAUGUCUAAUGAAAUAUAGCACCGUGAUAUUAUAAUUUGCUGGUGGCUCAUUUAAAAUGUCUAAGGCAAGAGUGUUGCAUCGUGUAGCAGCUGCUAUAUUGCGAGAGCGGGAGAUAUAGAAAAUGAUCUUGGAGACAGAUGUUCAAUGUAUUUAAAUGGUAAAUAAAGAAUAGAGUGCUUGGUAUUCAGAUUUCUUCUGGGUUUUUUUUGUCCUUCAUGCUCUUUUGCCCUUGAUGCUUUAGAUGGUGGCGCUUUGGGUUUGCGCGUGACGUGCAGUAUUUAAUACUUUAUUUUGCUUAGAAUCACGCAUCUGUUAUUUCCAACAAUGAUUACAGUGAUGACCACGGAUCAGUGCUCAUUUGUUAGAUUUUCAGCAACGAUAUAUAAUUUAUCUUUACGCAAAAAAAAAUGUCACAACUGACACAAGGAUGAAGAUACAAUAAGCGAUGUGCCCUUCAAGAACCACGCGUAUUGUUGCAAAUUAAAGCAUCUCUGAAAUAAAAUGUGUCUCAACGUGAAACAGGAAUGUUUUCCUUUGCGGUUAUAAAUAUCACAACAUUUUGUCGCAUAUAUUGCUGCUCAAGCACUCGGGUAGAUUGAUGCCUCCAAAAAAACAAAUAUGAUAUAUUUACGUCCUGCCUUGGCUAUGUCCAUUGCAUAUUUCUCGGAGACAAAGUGACAUUGUUGCGUGGGUUAUUGGUGACUGAAUACACGUGCUGCAACAGAGAGAUUUGAAUGCGGAUUUGGUUAAUCUGGAUGACUCAGAAACAGCCUUACCUGCACACUGAAGGUUGUUUGUAUGCGGGUAUUACUAGUCCGGUAAACAUGGUAAGGUUAACAAGGACACAAUGUUCAAUUUAAACGGAUUAUAAUCUGAAUCAGAGGAUGAUUAAUCAGGAAUUAAUUAAUAAUUUGGAAUGGGCAAUAGGGAUGAGUGGUGGGGGCUUAUGGAUAAAAGGAAUGUGAAUGUUGGGAAGAUAGAAAGGGUACCUGGGAGUUUCUGCAAGUUCUAUAUAGGAGAGAAUAACUGGGGCGUGUGGAGAGGUGGUUGGUGGUGAGUUGACAGAACUGGGGAGAAAGACUAGAACACUUCCGGGUAGCGGGCUGCGACGGGAAUCAUGGAAAUAAUUUUCUGACAUCAC